AUGAAUGCUUGGAUUAUUAUCAAUAUUUUUUUAAAUAUUCUUACAUUAAUUAAUUCAAUUUUAACAAUUGUUAUUUGUUUACUUAUUCUCUUGUUAAUUAUAAUUUCUCAUCGACAAACUCGUUCUGUACCAGUUUUAUUAGCUGGUCAUACAUGUUCAACUUUACUGAUUUCUGCAUUUAUGUUAGGAAGUAUGGCUAUGGUCAGUUUAUUUGGAUAUAUGAAUAUUGUUCUUGAACAACAUGGAAAUACAAUAUGGUGUCGUUUACGAGGUUUUUUUAUUCAUGGAUUUCUUUGUGCUCUUUAUGAUUCAUAUGUUAUACAAGCAACAUAUCGUUUUUGUCGAGUUGUAUUUUAUCGUCGUAAACAUUUAAUUAGUUUUCCUCUUUAUUUACUUUUUGUACCUAUUGAAUCAUUAUUUGGUGUUGUGAGUAUAUCACCUGUUCUAUUACGUGGUGAUGUUGUUUAUCUUUCAUCUGAAUAUUAUUGUCAAACACCAUUUACAAAUAUUCCAGCUAUUGUUUAUAUAGCUAUUCGUCUUUUUUUAUUACCAAUUUUAUUUAUUACAUUAAUUUAUGUAUGUUUAUUAAAAUAUGUUCAUCAAACAAAUUUAUCAUUAAUAAUAAUAAAUAAUAAACGUCAUCGACGUUUAAAAAAAAAUAAAAGAGAUUUAAUUGUAAUAAAAAGACUUCUUAUAAUGUUAAGUAUUCUUAUUCUACUUGGUUUACCAUCAAUUAUUUUUUUAAGUAUUUUCAUGUUUACUGGUCAUCUUAUAUGUGUAACAUAUCGAAUUGGAUGGUUAUCUGUAUCAUUUUCACUUGUUUUUCUUGCUUAUAUGCUUAUUAAAAUGACUGAUCCAUUGAAGAAAACUGCAAGACAAUAUUUUAAACGAAAUUCUCAUCGAUAA